GGCUGGCCGAACCCACCGCCUCAGGGCGGCAGGGACCUCCCUCCCCGUGCCCCAACCCUCGUUUCGCCUCAGGCGCGCUCCGCCUGCCCGCCGGGUGCGGGCGCUGAGGAACCACCCACGGCGGGACGAGCCCGGCAGGUGAGGGUGUUCUCCGAGUUAAAGGAGGAGCGCAGGUACAAACCCUUGAACUCGUCCCGGAAAUUUCAGAGGGAUCUGCUUUGCUGCAUUCGUGGUUUGCCGGUUGAGGAUUUGUUCCUUAGGUUGGUAGAAAAUGGCGAGCAGCCAUGGCUGGUUUCAGGGUGCUGGGAUGCCCGCCUUUGACCCCGCACCAAAGAGGAUUUUGCCAUCUGAGGCUUUGAGGCAGCCAGUUCGGAAGAAACUCUCGGAGCCCGUGACUCCAGGGCUGAAUCCUCCACCUUCUCAGUGGCGCAGGCAACCAGAAGUGAUGCAAAAUCCAGGGGCACGCGCACCACCAUUGUCAGCACUUCCCUCACAGAAGCAGCUAAAGGAGUUGGUUGCAAAAUAUAAAGAGGGAGCAAUAAACUCAGUAUCUGCCUUGCAUCAGUUUGCCCAAAUGCAUAACAUGCAACUUGAAUUGAAAGAAACUAGUGUGGCAGGUGAUAUCAUAAGGCCUUAUUUUGCCUUUUGUGCUGUGAUAAAUGGUGUUUCCUACAAGACUGGACUGGGAAAAAACAAGAAGGAAUCUAAAUUAAAUGCAGCUAAACUGGCUCUUGCUGAGCUACUUAGCUUGGAGAAUACAGGGCCAAACUCAUCUGAAGAUUCAGAUUUUCCUUGUGUUCCUGCCGAGCUCCAAACCCCAGCCAACUCUGCUUGUGUUUCAAGGACCUGUGUUGGAGGAUGGUCUAUAUAUCCAAAACUUUCACAGACACUGGAGGAAGUAUUUACCAGGCUGACUGCCCAACAUCCCGAGUACCAAAGCUGUGGCAGUUCACUGGCUGCCUUCAUCAUCGAAAAAGGUGGGCAGCACGAAGUUGUGGCUCUGGGAACAGGGGAAUGUAAUUACAGCCGGCGCCUCGAGUCCUGUGGCAGAGUGUUGCACGACAGCCACGCCAUUGUCACCGCCAGGCGUUCCCUGCUUAGGUAUUUGUAUAGGAAUCUCUUGCUGUUCUAUAAUAAAAAUCCAGCAAAGUCGGAGAGAUCCAUAUUUUGUACAGCACCAGGCUCGAAACUGCUCACCCUGAAGCAAAAUACAACUUUCUCUCUCUACAUGAACCAGCUUCCAAAAGGAACUGCUCAGUUAAAGUCAAAUGUAUAUCUGGGUCCACAAUCUCUGUCUGCUUACGAAGCCAGUGAAGAAUUGAGUCUCCAUGUCGCUCUGGAAGGCAGGAUUUACCUGGCUGUUUGUUGUCCCCCUAAAACUGUCAGAGUGAGCAGCAUGUCAGGCAGUGACAAACUCACCAAGUGGGAGGUGGUUGGUCUUCAGGGGGCCUUGCUGAGUCACUUCAUUGAACCAGUGUAUAUCAACAAUAUUCUUGUGGGAAAUGGAAAUUGUAAGGAUACAAAAGGACUAGAAAUAAGUAUAAAGAAGCGUCUUGACGAUGAACUUGUGUCAAAGCUUCCCAUGCCUUACCUGGUCAACAGAUCUCAUAUUUACUUGGUGAAAGCUGCACAGCCAGUUCAAACAGAUUUAAAACAGUGGUCUCUUAGUCUGAAUUGGACGUGGACAGAUGCAUCCGUGGAGGUUGUGGAUGGGAUAAGUGGAAAAACCACUGAAAGCUCCCCGUUCCGGAGCGGCACCUGCAUGGCCAGCCGCCUUUGCAAGGCAGCCAUGUUCAGUCGGUUCAGGCUGCUCUGCAAGGAAGCAGGACGGAGUGAUUUGCUUCAGGUGGCAACGUACCACGAAGCCAAGGUUCAAUCUCAAUUGUACCAAGAAGCUAAAAGCUUGCUGCAGAGCUACUUAGAGCAGCACAGCUAUGGAUCCUGGAUUGUGAAGUCUCCACAUAUUGAACAGUUCAGUAACUGACUGUGAGGUGGAUUGUGUGUGAAGUCAGUUUGGAUGAUCUGUUUCAGUGAAGUAAUGCUCUGAUUAGUAAAAUGUUUAAUUGUAAGUUUGUAUGUAGAGGAAGAAAACAAUUCCAGAACUGCUUCUCUUCGGUUUAAAUGCAGUUGUUAAAUCACUUGUAACAGUUCAGUCUUUUCCAAAAGUUGAUGUUUUCUCAUAGAUAGGAGCAUCCAGAGGCUUUGUAAAUCUGUUUUACCAGCUGUUAAUCAACUGUUAAGCGGCAAUCACUGGUUUUGGUAGCAGAUUUAAAGUGUUCUACAGGUGUCAAAGCUGUAAAUAAGAAAAUAAUGCGAUGAGGUACAGAAGUCACCAGAAACAAGGUUCCUUCAGCCUUUGUGGGCUGCCUCAGAACCCAUCAGUGUUAGUGCUUGUGGAUGAGCUGGACUCCUCCACUCUCAGAUGACUUCAUCACUGUGCUGAGGAGUCCUCACGAAAUUGUCUGCAUACAUAAUGAUCUGAAAAAUGGUGCCUGUCAAGGGGGAAGUUGCUUCCUUGUGAAUUCUGGUAAGAAUAUGGUAGCAUUGGGAUAAAGUUGAAAAGGAUGUUAAAUGCCAUACUUGGGUUUUGUGUGGUGUUGUGAAAUACUAGUGUGUUUAAGCUAGAUAAUAGACUUUUAUUAUGUUACUUGACUUUUGUGCAUCAUCCAGGUGUGGAAAACUGUUAUGUAGUGUUCUUUUACAUCAAUAUUAGUGCUGUUGUCAUGUUUCAGCUUCUUGUUUUUAAAGGAUUCUACACAAACUCUUCUUUCUAGUAUUUUUUUCUCCUUAAUCUGUUUUUGUAACUAGUACGUGGAGUCACUUCUGGGAAUGAUCUUAUGCUGACUUUCAAGUUGUUGAAACUCACUGACUUGUUUUACUACUUGGUUAACUUGGGAGAUUGUGUGAUGCUGUUUUGGUUUUUCUGUGGCACUUGGCUCCACAUGCUAUUUGCUCCAUGUAAUGUUUUCUUUUUAAGAAUGCCGGAGGAUGGCCAUCAUAUUCCAGGCUAGAGCGGAGUGUUGCCUUUUUCCAGGGGUGUUUAAAAGCUCAAUAAAUUUCCUUGACAAUGUUUUAACUA